GAUUUCAAAUAUGAGUACCACUGUAAAAUAACCUUGUUCUUAUUUUAUAUGAAUUAAGGAUCGUUGAGCCAAUAUUGGCAACAACGAAAUGUUAGUAAUUUGGUAACAUUAGAAUUUUUUUUAUAUUGCUCAAUUCAAUUUUUAUAUGUUUACAUAAGUGAUAAAAUUUCUGACGAAAGCAAUAUACGAUACGUAUCAAAUGUUAGAACUUAUAGUAUUCCACAGGUUGCGGUAAUCAAUAAAUUGUUGCUUUAUUCAAUUUUUACAUGACGUUUCUUAUUAGUGGUUCGAAAGCGUAAACCAUAAUUAAAAAUAUGAAUAAAAAUUUGCUUGUCAUCGUUUUAACAUUUUUUAUUAUGAAUCUAUCAAACGCUCAAGAUAUAGAUUUGGGAACUAUUGUUUUUGCAAAUAUUUUGUAUAGACAUGGAGAUAGAACACCUAUAAGACCUUAUCCAAAUGAUCCUUACAAUAAUGAAAGUAUAUGGCCAGUUCCAUAUGGUCAAUUAACAAAUAUUGGAAAGGAUCAACAUUUAUUACUUGGCCGUUGGAUUCGCAAACGCUAUUCAUAUUUAUUAAAUGAAUUAUAUUCUCCAUAUGAUAUUUAUAUUCAAAGUACUGAUGUAGAUCGUACUUUAAUGUCAGCAGAAUCACAACUUGCUGGUUUAUAUCCACCAGUUGGUAAACAAAUAUGGAGUAAUAUUAAAUGGAUGCCUAUUCCAGUGCAUACUAUUCCAGAAGAUAAAGAUUAUAUUUUAGCUGCUAAAAAAUAUUGUCCUAAAUAUGAUUAUGAACUGGAUAAAGUUCUUAAUUCUCCAGAAAUGAGAAAAAUAAAUAAAGAAAAUAAAAAAUUAUAUGCAUAUUUGACAGAAAAAACAGGAAAUAAGAUUUCAUCUCUAAGAUCUGCUGAACAACUUUAUGAUACUUUAUUUAUUGAGAAUCUUUAUAAUAAAACAUUACCAGAAUGGACAAAAUCAGUAUUCCCAGAUAAACUUAAAUCUAUUGCUGAAAAAAGUUUUACAACUAGUGCCUAUAAUAAAAUUCUUCAAAGAUUAAAAUCAGGAUCAUUACUUGGAGAAAUGAUAGAUCAUAUGGAAAAAAAACAAAAAAAUGCCUUAGUACCUGAUAGGAAAAUAUGGAUGUAUAGUGCUCAUGAUGAAACUUUAGCUAAUAUGUUAAUGACUUUAAAUGUUUUUGAACCACAUUGUCCACCAUAUACUGCUACAAUUUUGAUAGAGUUAAGAAUAAAUUUAAAAAAUCAGUAUUUUGUAACUAUAUAUUAUAAAAAUACUAGUGAAGAACCAAAACUUUUAACACUCCCUGGUUGCAUUACAUUAUGUCCUUUAAAUCAAUUUAUUACACUAACAAAAGAUGUUAUACCUAUAAAUUGGGAAAAAGAAUGUACAAUGGAUUGGGAACAACUUGAAUAUAAUAUGAAUACACCAGCAGUUAUUGUAAUACUGACAUCUUCUAUAUUAAUGUUACUUUUACUAGUUUUAUUUAUAAUGGGCUUUAUUUAUUGGCAUUAUAAACGAGAACAUAAUCAGUAUUACCUACGAUUAACAACGGAUCCUAUAUAAUUGGAUAUAAUAUUGUGAAAGAAAUAAUUGACAUUAUGCGUGAGCGUUUUUAUUAUAAUAUCAAUGUUUUCGUAAUUAGAUAAUUAACAGAAUUACGAUAAAUUAUAAAACUCAUAUUUGAUUUUACAAACAAUUAAGAAAUGAAUUUAUAAUACGAAAAAUAAGUCUGAUAAUUAUUUUCACAUAAAAUAUUCGAAAAAAAUUUUAUAUAUUUUAUGAUAUUUGUACUUUUUUAUUGAUGAUAAAACAUUUCAGUUUAUAAUUAAAUAAGUGGAUAAAUAAAUCCAUAAUUAUUUAUAAAUUUUAAUUGAUAAAAAAAAUUAUAUAUGCUCAUACAGAUUGUUGAAAACAAGGCUGUUAUAAAACGGUAUUUCUAAUAAUUUUUAGCUUAACAGAAGAAUAAAAGAUCCUUAAUAAUUUUUGUGAUUAUAAAGUGCUAUAUUACUUAAAUUGAUUUUUAUAUAUAAUAUGAAUUUACAAAAUUAUCUGUGAUGACCAAAAUAAUUUACACAUUAAU